AUGUCCGAAAAUCAGGUUGAAGACAUCAUGGGAAACACUCAUCGCCAGUGCAGCAUUGAGGUUGAGAAUAAGACCUCUAAGUACAUCCUGUGUAACCCAUGUUGGUACACUUACAGUGGAUUCUGUAAAACACCUUUUCCACCAACGCUUGACCCCUCUAAAUCUGGCAGCGCUCUGUUCAUCAAGACUCCUCAGACAGCCUCUGGAUCUGUUGGAGUCUUCACCUACGAUCUCCUGAAUGGAUCCACAAAUCAAAACAAUGGAAAAAUAGCUGUCAUGUUCUCUAAUCCUUUUGAUUUCAACCUGUACUCUAACUCGUAUGCAGUGGGAGUCUUUGACAUGGCCAAAAAAUGUGAUUGUGGUCUUUAUAAGGAGAUGUAUUACGAUGCAGAGAGAAAGUUUGUCAGAGGUAAAGCUGCAGACGGCAGUCUGACUCAUGAAAGUAAACUUAAUACCAUCACAGCCACCAUGUCAGACAGUUACCAACCUGACAUCAAGGUGCAAGUUCUCAAAAUUCCCCGAGAUGCCUUUGAAUAGGCAUAGCGGGGCUUUUAAAUGUAAAAUAACCAGUUAAACAAAGACUUAAUAUGUUUUAGAAAGUGUGUCCUGAUUUAGUUCCAAAGCUGUCAGAGUGCACGUUAUUUUAAACCACAGAGCGCCGAACAGAACAUGAAGACAAUCAGCAACGUUGUUGAGAUGAUGAACUGUGACGUUACGUAAUGUUUGUUUAUUCUUUAUACUUUUGAUAAAAUGUGCAUUAAAUGGGUAUUUAAAUGUUCUUACAUUAUAAAUUUGGCUGCAACAUAGAACUCAGGUGUUUCUCAUCAUUUGAAAACAUUAACACACAUAUAAUCUGUAACUGGGAUUAUAACUCACUGGAAAUCAUCCAAAAUUCCCCCGAAACAUUUCCUACCUGCUGCAAACCUGUCGGGCCUGAUUCUGUCUGCUCUCAAGACUUAUCUUCUAGUUUAUUCUCACCUUUUUCUCCAUGCACUCGAUCAAUCAAUCUAUCAAUCAGUCAAUCAAUCCCAGUUGGCCCAGUACGACAGAAAGUGUAGUUUAAAUCAAAUAAAUGAAUCUACUCAAAUGUUGAUAUCAUCAAACACAUUUUAUUUUUUACUGAACUGAUAUUUUAAAUCUAAAAACUUAAAAACAUGCUGCAGUGACUGGUUCAAUACUGGUUAACUGACUGUCACCAUUCCCACUCUUUCCAAAUGGUUCAGGUCCUUCUGUGUCUGUGACUAUCUCUACAUGUACAAUGUGCCUGUUCUCAGUCACUCAGUCUGUAAGACAAAUAAAAUCUGAACAUGAACGACAUGGUCUGAAGUGUGUUUGUUAAAUUGACAAAAUGCAAAUUCAACAUCAAUGCCAAAUGUACAAACUAAGCUAACUAUGGAACAAACAUAUGAUAGUGGUCAGUGUUAAAUUAAAAAGAGAAAACAUGAAAUAGACAGUCGCAUGAAUAAAAUUAGUAAAAUAUAUGACUGAACAAGCAAACAAUUUAGUGAAAUAAUUGAGGAAAGUAUUAAAACUCAUCUCAUUGUUAUGAAAUCUUCAUAAUUUCAUCUUUUAUUUUCAUAUAUAGUUCAUAACAUAGUUUUAUUUACACAAGCUGGACUCUCGAAGGCGUGGACCUAUCCAGACAUUUCUCCAUCAGUUUUGAUAAACUUUUCUGAACUUUUUGUGAAUAAUUGGACAAUUAUGACUAUGAGUCACUCAUCAGAGUAGGGAAAUGGUCAAUUCGCCACUUUGGAAACUCUCCUCCUGCUGACUGUGCUAUUUGGCUGGGAGAGGUUUUCAAAUGUAAACAUCAAGGCAAGUUUAUUUGUACAGCACAUUUCAACAACAAGGCAAUUCAAAG